AGAGAAUAUACAUGCUGAUCUAUAUCUACCUCCCACUGACAUCUUUCUAUGUUGCAAUACUCAAAGCAGAGGACUUGCUGGUCAUUUGGCAGUGCCACAUCAACCCAUCAUGCGCGCCGUCUUCUUCUGAAAACGUUCAGCGAUCGGGCGUGAGGGAUGGCUUAGUCCCGUGCGGAGCGCCGAUGCUGCACGAUGAGUGUAGCGCUGCAAGAUUUACGAAACAACAUGUCUAACUACAAGCGUGCAACGUUUGAGGAGGAUGGGACUGACGUCCCCGAUGAUGGAGCCAUCUCUCCUGACAGUGUGGAGGUGGGUUUCCGUAAGGGUGGUAUUCAGUUGUUUGGUCCACUGGGCAGAAGAACUCAACUGGAGGUGGUUUUGGCCGGUUUGCUUCUCGGUUCACUUCUAGCACUGUUCGGCUGUGCUAUCACACUGGGAGUCUGCUAUAAUAGAGAUCCAGCCCGUAGUAUCUGUCUAACAGAGGCAUGUGUGAGCGUGGCUAGUAAGAUCGUGGAGGCUCUGGACCGCUCUGCCGACCCGUGUCAGGAUUUCUACCAGUAUGCCUGCGGGGGCUGGGUCCGUAAAAACCCCCUGCCAGAUGGCCGUUCUCGCUGGAGCACAUUUAACAGCAUCUGGGACCAGAACCAAGCUGUGCUCAAACACCUGCUGGAGAAUGGCACCUUUAACUCAAGCAGCGAGGCAGAGAGGAAGACGCAGUCUUACUAUCUCUCCUGUCUGAAUGAACAGCGAAUAGAAGAGCUCGGAGCCCAACCACUCAUUGACCUAAUUGCAAAGACAGGGGGUUGGAACAUCACAGAGUCUUGGGAUAAAGAAAACUUAAUGGAUGUUUUGAAAACAGUGUCUGGACCUUACAGAGCUCAGCCCUUCUUUACUGUUGGUGUCAGUGUGGACCCAAAAAACUCAAACAGCAAUAUCAUUCAGGUUGACCAAUCAGGACUCUUCCUGCCUUCUCGAGAUUAUUACCUCAAUAAGACAAAUGAAAAGGUGUUAAAGGCCUAUCUGGACUACAUGGUGGAACUGGGUUUGUUGUUGGGAGGAGACAAGAAUUCCACUCAGGGUCAGAUGCAGCAAAUCUUGGACUUCGAGACUGCACUAGCCAACAUCACCGUGCCUCAGGAUGAACGCAGAGACGAGGAGAAGAUCUAUCACAAGAUAACGAUAGCUGAGCUCCAGAUGUUGGCCCCGGCAGUUGAUUGGCUAGAUUAUCUGAACUCCGCCCUCUCGCCGCUGGAGUUGAAUGAAACUGAGCCUGUGGUGGUCUACGCAAAAGAAUACCUGCAACAGGUUUCAGAGCUCAUCAACAAGACCGACCGCAGUCUUCUGAAUAAUUACAUGAUCUGGAACCUGGUGCAGAAAGCAGCCUCCAGUUUAGACCAGCGGUUUGAGAAUGCUCAGGAUAAGCUACUGGAAAGCCUUUAUGGCACCAAGAAGUCCUGUACCCCGCGGUGGCAGACGUGCAUUGGGAACACAGACGACACUCUUGGUUUUGCAUUGGGUGCUCUUUUCGUCAAAGCCACCUUUGACAAACAAAGCAAAGAAAUAGCAGAGGGGAUGAUCAAUGAAAUCCGCACAGCUUUCAAAGACGCUCUAGACAAUUUGAACUGGAUGGAUGAACAGACCCGACAAGCUGCCAAGGACAAGGCGGAUGCCAUCUACGACAUGAUCGGAUUCCCAGACUUCAUUCUGGACUCCAAAGAGCUUGAUGAUGUGUAUGAUGGGUAUGAGGUCACAGAGGACAAUUUUUUCCAGAAUACGAUCAACUUCUACAACUUUUCAGCUCGAGUGAUGGCCGACCAGCUCCGCAAGCCACCAAACAGAGACCAAUGGAGUAUGACUCCACCCACGGUGAACGCAUACUACAUGCCAACCAAGAAUGGAAUUGUCUUCCCUGCUGGAAUCUUACAGGCCCCGUUCUACGCCCAGGAUCACCCUAAAGCUUUAAACUUUGGUGGAAUUGGAGUGGUCAUGGGACAUGAGUUAACACAUGCUUUUGAUGAUCAAGGCAGAGAGUAUGACAAAGAUGGGAACCUUCGACCGUGGUGGCAGAACUCCUCGGUGGACGCGUUUAAGAAUCGCACAGAGUGUAUGGUCGAUCAGUACACUCAAUACACUAUCAAUGGAGAACACAUAAAUGGAAAACAGACGCUGGGAGAAAACAUAGCUGACAAUGGCGGUUUAAAGGCUGCCUAUCAUGCAUAUAAGUCAUGGGUGAAAAAGAAUGGAGAAGAGAAGAGACUCCCAGCUGUGAACCUCACAAACAACCAGCUCUUCUUUGUGGGUUUUGCACAGGUGUGGUGUUCUGUUCGAACACCAGAAAGCGCUCAUGAGGGACUGAUGACGGACCCUCACAGCCCACCCAAAUACCGCGUCAUCGGCACUCUGUCCAACUCGCCCGACUUUGCAGAGCACUUCCAGUGCCCACUGGGCUCUCCCAUGAACUCAGGCCACCGCUGUGAGGUGUGGUAGAACUGUCACCCAGAAGACAUCUGGGCCCACCAGCUUGCUUGCACAGAUCAGCCUAGCCACAACACUGACAGAUUGACAAUAAAAAAAAUAUUUAUGUGCUCAAAAUUAUAUAAAGUGUUGGGCUGAAAGUAGGAGAACGUUGAGAGUAUCCUCCAAUGUUUAUGUUCUCCAAUGAUUGGGUCAACUGAUAUCUAUUUUCCUCUACCACCAUACCAGCCCAUGCAGGCUCAUUUUAUUUAUUUGUUUGCUGAACUUUGGGAGACGAGGGGCCAAUCAGGGCUCAUCCAACACUUGUAUGUGUUUUUCUGUGCAUCAUACCCUGUUUACAACAAGCCUGAAUUCUCAUCUUCUGGGAUGGAAGAUUUGACCGCUGUGUUGCCACUGGGAGCACCUCUUUGUGACCUCAUAGGAAAUGUUUGGCUCCAUCUGUUAUGACUUCACAGGACGUUUUAUGUUCUCAUAGUGACCUCACAGGAAGUGCUGAAUGACAUCUUUGACCCCACAGGAAGGAAGUGCUUUCAAGGAUGAAAGUGUAUUUCCCAAUUUUGAUUUCAUAUAAAUGCUAUCAAACGGCAGUUAUGACAGGGAAAGCCCAUGUUUGUUCAUCCAACCUGUGGAUUAGAGUAUCAUAGACAUAUUUUUGUCUAGACAAAGUUAAUUUUAAACUGCUCUUUGCCAAAGAACAAAUUCAGUUUUGUUGCUUGUGAAAGUGUAAAUCCACUGCUUUACCUUCACUGUAAUUCAAUAUGAUGUGUUUGCCUUUAGACAUUAAUGUGUUGUGUUUGAGCAAUGCAUUUCCAUGUCUGUGUCACCACAUUGUUUGCCAUGUUGUGCUGAACUUUGUCAAGUCUGCUUAAGUGAUUUAUCACAUUACGUCCUGAAAACAAAAAAUGUAUUCUUUCAUCUUCUGCUAAAUUUCCCAGGAACCCUAAAAAGUGUUUUAGGGAGUUGCAUCAGAGGUGGUUGGAUGACUUUAGAAGGAUCAUAUUACCCAUUUCAGAUUUCACAAUUCCAUUUUCUAAAUUUUUACUGGCUCUAAUUUGACCCUGAAUGUUUGAAUCUGAUCACCCAUCUCCAUUGGUAAUGCAGACAGAAUUUGUUGUAUGGUGUAUUUUGAAUGCUGCUUACUUCACCUUUUGUUGACCUUUAAUCAAAGUUGAAUUGCACCAUUUUCAAAGCUGAAGCUCUCAGUGUCCAUCUUAUUUUAUUAAACUCUUCAACAAAGGAAUAGUCCAUCUAAAAGUGAAAAUUCUGUCAUCGUUUACUCACCCCCAUGACGUUCUAAAGCAAAUGCUUUUCUUUUUUCCUUUGGAUCCCCAAAAGAGAUGUUAUCAAACGUGGAUGGUGAUUUGCUGUAUACUGUCAAGCUUCAAAAAGGACAAAAAAGCACCAUAAAAAUAUAAUCAGUCCCUCUUGCUCUUUAUGACUUGUGCACUAUAUUCCAAGUUUUCUGCAUAUGACAGCUUUGUGUUAGGUAGCAAAACUCCACUGUAGCUCUCUAAUUUAAUUUGCACUUGCACAUAUUCAAUUGUAAGGAUGUCACGAUUGGUCUCAAGACUGUGCUGUUUGAUGCUGGCAGAAUGUCUUUAGUCGCAAAGUUUGCAUAUGCGCAAGUGUGUAUACGAUUUGAGAGCUAUGGCAAAGGGGAAGGUUUUCCAUUUAUAAGGACUUAUAUUUCACUCAGUUCGUCACACGGCGCACAAGUCACUUUUAUGAUACUUUUAAACAGCUCACCUUCAUUAUACACUCCUGGUCACCGUCUACCUUACUUGGAGCAGCUUGAACAUUCUUCAAAACAUCUUUUUUUUUGCAUUUCACGGAAGAAAGAAAAACAUAGGUUCAAAACGACAUGAGGGUGAAAAAAAUCAUAAUUUUCAUUUCUUUGUGAUUUCCCCUGCAGUCGUAAAACACAUUGCAGUUUGAUUGUAUAUAAAGAAAAGAGGCAUUAGUUUGUCUACAGCUUUUCCAAGAACAAACAGAAGUUAAAAACUCAAGUUUUACUCUAUGCUGAGUUCAUAUCGUGUCGUGCUUUGUUUUAGGAUUGCUUGAAUUGUGUACAUAUGUCUGAAUGCUUCUUGGCUAUUUUCAUUAUGUAUUUAAUAUAUACCAUGAAGAUUUUUGUGACGUUAACGUUGAUGGGCUCCAUGAGGAUUGUGGGGCAGUUUUAGAUGCCAGUAUAAUGUUUGUAGAGGAGAGGUUUGGUUUUGGCCUUAAUUAUUGAAGGUAUAGACCUAUGAAAUAACAUGUACAUAUACUAAUUUUAAAAUUUUUCAAAUUAAAAACAAAAACACAACGAAAACUUGAAACAUUUGAAAGCCUUUAAAUAACCAGUGCUUGCCAUUAAGUGUGAUAUGUACCUUCUUUAGUUGCAAUUUCAAUCUGAAAUACCAAGUUGCCAAUCCAGAUAUUCCUGUUGAGACAUUUAAGAACAAGGUUUUUGACUGAUUGUUCUAAUGUUAUUGUUGAUUUUGUUGGAUGAAAGCCAUUUUUUUAGGUUUGGUUUAAUGGAGUGGAGGUACCCAAAACAUUCUGACACCAAUACUUUGUUUUCAGUGUGUCAAAGUUAAACUUAGGGAAAUGAUAGAUGUGAAACAUUAUUUCCAGAAUGUCAUUGAUGUGCCACAUACUACAUUCCGUUCAUAAUAAUGGGACUGAGCAGGGUGAUAUUGUCUGCCCUGUCACUGUUAAUUGUUGUCAUUUUUGCUUUUUUCUUCAUUUAUGAAGAUGCCUUAAUUUAUAGUGUACAUUAAACAUUUAAUCAACUGGUGUA